AUGGAGCCAUUCUUGGUCUGCCAGAAAAAAUUUUGACAAAAAGAUCCUAAUCUGCCAUUACCACUGAGUUUUGGUGUUUCCAAAUUUUUUGGGCAAGCCAAAUGCAAUAAAAAAAAUUGUUCUUUUGCGAUGAUGCAUUUGGCUUGUCAAAAAAAAUUGGAAACACCAAAACUCAGUGGUAAUGGCAGAUUAGGAUCUUUUGUCAAAAUUUUUCUGGCAGACCAAGAAUGGCUCCAUAGUGGGCUAUUCUUGGUCAAUUAG